AUGGCGAUGAAAUUCGGGCUUGAUUAUGCGAAAAGAGUGGCGAAGUGUAAAAAAUGUCACCAUCAGUUACUAAAAGGAGAUUUACGAAUGUGGAGAAUGGUACCAAAUCCUUUUACAGCAGAAUCAGCAAAUCCUACAGAAAUGAAAAACUAUUUCCACUGUGACUGCCUUUUUGAAACACUCACACGAUGUCGUGCGACUACUAAAGUUAUCGAGUCAUCGGAUGACAUUGACGGUUGGGAAAAGGCCAAUGAUAAUGAUAAAGAAGCAAUUAUGGAGAAAAUUAAGGAAUUACAAGAAUUACGAGUGAAAAAGUUUGGAGAUAAAGUUAAAACUUCUCAAUCUUAUUCUACAAAAGAAACUUUAAAACCUAAAAGUAAAAAAGUCUCAAAUGAAAAAUCAAAGUCAGUCGACUCAGCUCCAAAAAGAACGAAGUCAAAAAAUUCAAAGAAAGGAGCCGAAAAAGAUACAUGUAGUGAGGUCACUGAUCCCAUACUGAAUUCUUCGAAUGAUGGAUUGGUAUCAGACGGAGCGGAUCUUACAGCGUCAGGCCAAGAAAAAAAGCAUCUUCAGAGUCAGAAAGGAAGCAAAUUUGAUGUAUUCAAGUUGUUCUGCAAACUCUGUGAUGUGAUUUCUUCAGUAUCGAAAUUCAGCGAAAAAACUGAAGCUGUCAGAAUAUUCAUCAGUAAAGAAGGAUACGAUGGUGAUUUGUGUUUGUUGAUUAAAAUGCUCAUUCCUGAAGUAAGCAACAGGAUAUACAACUUGAAAGCCAAACAGAUGAUCAAAAUUUUCUCUACUUUGCUUAGUCGAUCAAUAGAAGAGAUGACUGAGUCUUACAAUCAAACAGGUGAUGUAUCCCAAACAAUAUGCCAUUUUUGGUCACAGUCUGCUGAGAAUAAGAAAAAAUCCAAGUUAACAAAUCAUAUGAUAGAUGAUUGGUUAGAGCAGUUAAGUGGAUUAACUCAAGAAGAAGACCAACAGUCUCACUUUUCCAAAAUUUGUGAAUUAGCAUCUACUCUUGAACUUAAAUAUAUUAUUCGUUUGGUGAUGAAAGAUUUGCGUAUAAAUGCUGGAGCGAAGCAUAUACUAGAGGGUGUAAGAAAAGGGGCGUAUCAAAUGUUUCAAGUUUCACGAAACUUGGAGUUUGUAAUCGCAAAAAGCCAGAACAUAGCUAGUGACGAAUCACUGACACUUGAAAGUGGCAUACUUUUAAAUACUCCUGUCAAGCCAAUGCUUGCUGCACCUUGUCGCAGUAUCAAACAGGCCAUGGAAAAAUGCAAUAAGGAAAUGUACGCAGAAAUUAAAUACGAUGGAGAACGAUUACAAUUACACAAAGAUGGAGAUAAUUUUAUGUUUUUUUCACGAUCUCUGAAGCCAGUAUUAAAUCAAAAGGUGACUGAUCUAAAUAAAGUUGUGUUGCAUGCAUUUCCAACUACCAAAAAUUUAAUUGUUGAUGCGGAAAUGCUACUUUUGAACACGAAAAGUGGUAAACCUUUACCAUUUGGAACUUUGGGUGUUCAUAAAAGAAAGGAAUUGGAGGACGCUGUCGUUUGUUUAUUUGUUUUCGACUGCAUUUAUUACGACAAUGAAUCGUUAAUUGAAAAAACUUUGCGAGAACGUAGGAAGUACCUCGAAGAUAAUAUUAAGGAAGUGCCUAAUCGUGUUCUAUUGUCCAACUGUCAUCUUCUGAAAAAAAAUGAAAGUGAAAAACUAGAAAUGUUGAUCUCAAAAACCAUUGAUGAAGGUUUAGAAGGUUUGGUGUUAAAAGACUUAGAUGGUAUUUAUGAGCCCGGAAAAAGACAUUGGUUGAAAGUAAAAAAAGAUUAUUUGGAAGAAGGUACUAUGGCAGAUGCAGCUGAUCUCAUUGUUCUGGGUGCAUAUUAUGGAACAGGAAAGAAAGGUGGUAUGAUGUCGGUAUUCUUGAUGGGAGUUUAUGACAAAGAAAAGCAGAAAUUUUGUACGGUAACAAAAUGUGGGAAUGGAUAUGAUGAUGCGACGCUAGAUCGCAUCAAUAAGGAGUUGUCACCUAAAAUGAUUAAAAUAUCGCAAGCUUACGUAAAUUUGCCUGAAUGGAUUGAGUGCCCUCGAUCACUUGUUCCUGAUUUCAUUGUUACUGAUCCUAAAGACUCACCAGUUUGGGAAAUUAUUGGAGCCGAAUUUUCGCGGUCAGAUACACAUACGGCUUCUGGUAUAUCAAUACGUUUUCCACGGGUAACUAGAAUUCGAGAUGAUAAAAACUGGGAGACGGCUACUGAUCUGCAGGAACUUAAGGAAUUGUAUGAGAAGUCACUAAUUAAGACGGGCAUCAGCGUCGAAUGUAAUGAUGAGCACCUUUCUGUGAAGCAGAAAUUGAGUGAUCAAAACAGUGCAGAAAAAGCUUCUGUUUUGAGUAGAAAACGACAAAAAGUCUAUGAAGGAAAGCGCGAAGAAGAAAGUGUUUCUGAAAAUGUUCAAACAAAUGACCUGAAUCAUGAUGAAGAAAUUGAAGCGAAGAAAGCAAAGUUGCCAUGCAAAUAUGGUGAGCAGUGUUACAGGAAAAAUCCAAAGCAUUUAAAGAAGUUCACUCAUCCAAAAUCAAACUUUUAA